UUACAAGUGAUUUCAAGAGCAGGUACUGCUGAUAAAAAUUAUCUAGUUUUCAAUAAUUUACUGUAAUUAAACAGUUUUUGGGAAUUAUAAAUACCAACACUUAAAAUCAAAGAUCAGUAGAUGAGAAAGUAACACUCGACAAUGAAGGGUAUAUUCUUAUUUUUGGUUCUAGCCAUAGCGCUUGUUAACUCAACUAAAAAAGAAAUAGUCUGCUAUUUUACUAACUGGGCCAUCUACAGACCUGGUAUCGGCCUUUUUCAAACUUCAGACAUCGAUUCGAGCCUAUGUACCAUCAUCAAUUACGCUUUUGUAGGUUUAUGGGGUGACACUGGUGAAGUGAGGGUGCUGGACGAUUUUUCAGAUGUGGCUCGUGGAAAUCUCAAGGGUGUUAUAGGUCUGAAACAAAAUAAUACCAAUCUUAAAGUACUGGCAUCCAUGGGCGGUUGGAACGAAGGAUCAAAAAACUAUUCCAUUGUUGCUGCCAAUGCAACAUUGAGAAGCAAUUUUAUUAAGAGUGUAUUGAAGUAUGUUCAGGAUAACGAUUUUGAUGGAUUCGAUUUCGAUUGGGAGUAUCCUACUGCGAGAGGUGGAUUAGCUGAAGAUGUGGAAAAUUAUAUCAUUCUGCUCCAAGAACUUAACGCUGCUUUAAAAGCAGCAAAUACUGGUUAUUUAUUAACUGUAGCUGUUGCUGGCGCUGGAGAGCAAGUUGAAUUAUCUUACAAUGUACCUGCACUAACGAAAGUCGUUGACUAUGUCUUCUGUAUGAUGUACGACUUUAGAAUAGCUCCAUCUACCAACUACACAGCUCACCAUUCGCCAUUGAAUUAUUCUUCCUUGGAUAUAACUGAAGAAACUCGGAUCCUCAGUGUGUAUGGGGGUAUCCAGCAAUGGCUGAGCUUAGGCGCCAAUGCUUCCAAAUUAAUUCUUGGCUUGGCGUUUUAUGGCAGAAGUUUUGAACUAGUGGAUCUAAAUGACAAUGGUUUAUAUGCUGCAUCCAAUGGUACUGGACCUGCUGGUCCAUUGACAAGGACUGCCGGAUUUAUAUCUUACCAAGAGAUUUGUAAUUAUUACGGAGAUUACACACAUGUUUGGGACGAAGAACAACAAGCGCCACAUGCUUAUUUGAACAACGAUUGGUUCAGCUACGAUAAUGCCAGAUCUCUUAAGCUCAAAACUAUUUACGCUUUAUCAAGCGGAUUUGCAGGAGUAAUGAUCUGGGAUUUGGACUUUGACGAUUUUAACAAUUCUUGCGGUAAUGGUACUUUCCCGCUUUUGACUGCCAUUAAUGAAGCUGUUGCAAGUUACGGUUCCGCAACGUAGAACCAUAUUUUAUCAUAAAAAGUGUUUCUUUAGAAAUGAAUAAAAUGUUAAAAAAGGAAAAGUA